AUGGCUUACCUUGCGACAGCGGCUCGUCUUUCGGCGAGGGUUGCUGGCCGGAGAAUACCCGCAGAGUCCACAGCUCGAGGCUUCCGGACCUCAGCACGAUGCCUCGCGGCGCAGAACUUCUCCAUGCCCGCCCUCUCUCCGACCAUGACGGAGGGCAGCAUCGCCAGCUGGAAAGUCAAGGAGGGCGAGUCCUUUUCCGCCGGCGACGUGCUCCUUGAGAUCGAGACUGAUAAGGCCACCAUGGACGUCGAGGCCCAGGAGGACGGCAUCAUGUUCAAGAUCACCACCGGCGACGGCGCCAAGGCCGUCCAGGUCGGCAGCCGUAUCGCCGUCAUCGCUGAGCCCGGCGACGACCUCUCCUCCCUCGAGGUCCCCGCCGAAGAGAGCAAUACCUCCUCCAAGCCCGCCGCCACCCCCGAGAAGGAGGCUCCCAAGAACGCCUCGGCCGAACGCUCUACGGCGGCCCCCGCGCAGCAAAAGGGCGGCGCGGCCAAGACUUCCGGCUCCAAGGCCCGCGAGCAGCGAUACCCCCUCCUCCCCUCCGUCCAGGCCCUCGUCAACGGCCACGGCCUCGACAAGGACGCCGUCAGCAAGAUCGAGCCCACGGGCCCCAACGGCCGCCUGCUCAAGGGCGACGUCCUCGCCUACCUGGGCACCAUCAACGCCGACACCCCCAGCAAGAUCAUGGACCGCGCCGUCAAGAUGUCCCACCUCGACCUGAGCAACAUCAAGGUCGCCCCCAAGAAGGAGGCAGCCGCACCCAAGAAGGCCGAAAAGGUCGAGGCCGCGCCCGCCGCCCCCAUCGACUCCGAGGUCGCCCUCCCCGUCUCUCUCUCCAAGGUCCUCGAGGCGCAGAAGCGCAUCCAGUCCACCCUCGGCGUCUUCAUGCCCGUCUCCACCUUUGUCGCGCGCGCCGCCGAGGUCGCCAACGACGACCUGCCCCCCUCUGCGCGCAAGGCCACCGCCGACGAGCUCUUUAACCAGGUCCUCGGCCUCGACAAGCUGGCCCCCCGCGGCUCGCGCGGCUACUACCUGCCCCAGAUCUCCGCCCUCCCCGAGUCUUCGCUCUUGGCUGCCCGGGCGCCUAGACGGUCCUCACCCGAUAUUAUCGACUUCCUUGCCGCCCCGGCCAAGAAGACCGCCGCAGCCAAGCCGGCUGCUGCUGUUCACCACACCCCCGGCCUGUCGUCGGGAAGCAACCUGUUCACCGUGACGGUGCCGCAGGGCGAUGAGAAGCGCGCCAAGGUGUUCUUGGAGAGGGUCAAGGUGAUUUUGGAAGAGGAGCCCGGCAGACUUGUUCUGUGA